AUGAAGAGGAAGCUAAAACUUGUGACCAUUGUUAUGUCAGCAUACAACAGGACCCAUGCACAUCCAUCAACCUUCAUUCUCAUUGGCAUUCCAGGGUUGGAGGAGGCUCAUGUCUGGAUUUCCAUCCCUUUUUCAAUGGUCUACUUUUUAGCCAUCUUGGGGAACUUUUCACUUCUGUUUACCAUCAAAACAGAUCCCAGCCUCCAUCAGCCAAUGUACCUCUUCCUCUGCAUGUUGGCUGUGGUUGACCUUGUGGUGUGUACUACAGCUGUUCCCAAACUUCUCAGCCUCUUCUGGUUCCAGGACAGAGAGAUUCGCUUUGAAGCCUGCCUCACUCAAGUGUUCCUGAUUCACUCUUGCUCCACCAUGGAGUCUGGCUUCUUCCUGGCCUUGGCUUUUGACCGUUAUGUAGCCAUUUGUAAUCCACUAAGACACCCAGCGAUUCUGACACACACUGUAACUGGGGGAAUGGGCCUAACUGUUGUACUUAGGGGCACAGCACUUCUCAUUCCUCACCCUUUCUUGCUACGUUGGCUUCCCUACUGCAGAACAAACAUAAUUUCCCACACCUACUGUGAGUUCAUGGCCCUCAUCAAGAUUGCCUGUGCUGAGACGAGAAUCCGCAGAGCCUACAGCCUCAUGGUUGCCUUCCUUACUGGAGGAGUGGAUUUUAUAUUGAUCAUUUGUUCUUAUGUCCUCAUACUCCAUACUGUCUUCCACCUCCCAUCCAAAGAUGCCAGACUCAAGACCUUGGGUACCUGUGGUUCCCAUGUGUGUGUCAUUUUAGUGUCCUACACUCCAGCCUUUUUCUCUUUUCUCACACACAGGUUUGGGCACCAAGUGGCUCCCCACGUGCACAUAUUUGUGGCCAAUAUUUAUCUUCUUAUCCCUCCCAUGGUGAACCCCAUUAUUUAUGGUGUAAGGACCAAGAAGAUGCGAGAUAGGUUCCUUAAGUUGUUCAGGUCUUCAAAAUCUCUUAAUUGA